GUAAAACAAGAAAUAGUGUUUAUCUGAAGUGAUUAUUUUUAAUGCUUGGAGAGACGGAGAGUCACUACUGUCUGACGCUCAGAAUAUCGUCUUUCUCGCCGCAGUCCUCGUGAUGAACAUGUUGUGGUGGUCGCUCAUCUUGGUGGCUAAUAUGCUGCCACGUGUAUUCUGCGUGCAAGAAUCUGUUGACACGAGUAAAGGAGAUCAACAAACCUCUGGUCUUGAACUGAUGGCCGCGUCAAUCAGGCAGCUGGCAGAACUUAGUGAGAAACUUGAAAAGAGACUGGAGUUAGUGGAGAACAUGGACAAGAGACUAGAGCUAUUCGAUAAAUUUGAAAAAAGAUUUGAACUAGUGCAGAAAAUGGAAGAAAAAUUAGAACUGAUAGAGAAACGAUUUAACGAACAAGAUAAGAUUAACCAGCAGCUAAAAUCGUCUCUUGAAACAAUACUGAAGGCGGUCGAAGACGGGACCACAGGUAAACACUCGGAGUCUGGAUACGUGGAGAAAAGAUCUGACGAUGCGGGUACCUGGGAGCCUGUGGUGGCUCAGGUGACACAACGACUGAACCUGGCGGAGGCCAACAUCCAGGCCUUGAGGAACUUGGCCACCGCAGAGCAGCAGGCGAGAGGUUCGGUGUACACUCGCUGGGGGAGCAGCCAAUGUCCCAGCUCAGCAACAACAGUCUACUCAGGUUAUGUCGGCGGGUCCUGGUAUGGACAUUCAGGGGGGGCAUCGAAUUACCUGUGUUUACCACCUGACCCCACUUUCACCAAUCACACCGUCCCUAGAUACCCACACGCUCUACUCUACGGCGCGGAGUACGAAACUUGUGAUGAGCCCGAGUGCGACUUGAACCCCACCUGCGCCGUGUGUCACAUGUGGCGAGAGUCUUCCAUGAUGCUCCCGGGCAGGAAUACCUGUUACUCGGGGUGGACCCUCGAGUACUCUGGGUACCUUAUGACCACCUAUUAUAAUCAACCUGCCGGCACGGAGUACAUCUGUGUGGACUCCAGUCUCGGCUCUGUCCCUGGCACCAAGGCUGACGACAAUGGCGCCGUACUUUAUUACACCAUCUACGAGUGCGGCAGUCUGCCCUGUCCUCCCUACAUUAACGAGAAAGUUGCUGUGUGUGCCGUUUGUUCUAGAUAAUAAACGAUUGAGAAACACGA